UCCUCCUCCUCCUCGUGUCGUUGGAGGACUCCACGUGAGGCAUCACCCCGAUGCUGUAAACAGACGCCCAUGUAUCAAAAAGGUCACAGCGGGGUUAAUCAGCUGGGCGGAAUGUUCGUGAACGGACGUCCGUUGCCGGAUUCCACGCGGCACCGGAUAAUCGAGUUGGCUCACAGCGGGGCCAGGCCCUGUGACAUCUCCCGCCUACUGCAGGUCUCCAACGGCUGUGUGAGCAAGAUCCUGGGCCGCUACUACGAGACGGGCUCCAUCCGCCCGCGCGCCAUCGGCGGCAGCAAGCCGCGCGUCGCCACGCCGGCGGUCGUGGGCCGCAUCGCCGCCCUCAAGAGGGACUGUCCCUCGAUAUUCGCGUGGGAGAUCCGCGACCGCCUUCUCGCCGACGGUGCGUGCGGACCCGACACACUGCCCAGCGUGUCGUCCAUCAACCGAGUGCUGCGCAACAUCUCCAGCGACAAGCACCACCACCACCUCCUGCUCGCUGCCGGCGGGGGCGGCGGCCUGCACGACGCGGGCCUCCACCCGUGCCCCGAGGGCGCAGGGGGCAAGGCGUGGGGGGCCCCCCCCGCCCCCCCCUCCUCGGCUCCUCACCCGCCGGGCCACGGCGACGCCGCUGGGCCGCUGCUCGGCGGCCCGGCCGCGGGCCCCUGGGCCUCCAAGCUCGGCUGGGUGGCCUGCGGUAGCGCCGCGGCCGCCGCUGGGGACGGCGCCUUCGAGCUGGAGGGGUGCGGCGAGUCGGGCUACCGGGAGCUGGGCGGGGGAGGCAGCACCGCGUCCUCCGCCGAGGACUCCGACGACGUCCAGAUGAGGCUGCAGCUCAAGCGGAAGCUGCAGCGCAACCGCACCUCCUUCACCCACCAGCAGAUACAGGCGCUGGAGAAAGAAUUCGAACGGACGCACUACCCCGACGUGUUCGCCCGCGAGAGGUUGGCUUCGAAAAUCGACCUCCCGGAGGCGAGGAUCCAGGUGUGGUUCUCGAACCGUCGCGCCAAGUGGCGUCGCGAGGAGAAGAUGCGGCACCAGAGGCGGCAGCUGCCCGCCGGGGACACAGGCGACCCCGGGCAGAGCGCCGGCACCCAGGGGACCUACGGCGGCUCCUUCCAGCACCAGCACCAGCAGCACCACCACCACUCGCACGCGCAACAAGGUCAGAUGCUGAGCCCCGUGGAGUCGGUGAGCAUCCCCGGCGCCUAUGGAGCCGUGGGCCCCAUGAGCAGCUACCCGGGCGGUGGGCUGCCCAGCCAGCCGACGUCCACCAAUCAGACGCAGACUUUCUCGUGCAUGGUGUCGUCCAAUCCGAUGCGAGGGUUCGAAGCGUACUCAAACAAUCAGCCGUCACCGCACGUGGGCAGCCAGCCAAUGGGAGCGCCCAACGCCGGAUCCCCAGGGAUGCUGUCACUGGGCCUCUCCUUCCCGCUCUCCAUCCCGAGCGGAGACCAGGAGCUCGCACACUACUGGUCCAGGCUCCAGUAG